AUGGCCUUGACCUUCACCUUGCAGUACCACAAGCAUUCAGACUGUGAGCCUGAAGAAGUCUGCCGCCCUGACGCAGACAUGCUGGACUACCUUAUAAGCCAGGGCCAGAUCAAAGAACGGGACGGCCUGCUCGUCACCUGGUACCAUCGUGCCAACACCAGGGCAGAGAUGGAGGCUGCCCUAAAUGAUGACAGCAUGGUCCUAGAGGCAGAUAUCAUGAUUGAAGGGCAAAACACGGCCCAGGAAACAGGAGUCCCCAUCAUGUCACACCCCCCAAACAUCUACAGUGACAACACAGUGGAGCACUGGCUACAGACUGUACUGACUACAUCCAAGAAAGGCAUCAAACUGGACUUCAAGAACAUCAAGGCCUUGGGCCCCUCCCUGGACCUGCUGCAGAACCUAACGAAGAGCGGGAAAGUGCGGAGGCCUGUGUGGAUCAAUGCCGACAUCCUGAAGGGCCCCAAUGUGCCCCUCACCCUUGAGCUCAAUGCCACAAGAUUCCUGUCCCUGAUCAAUGAGAAGUAUCCUGAGGUCACGGUGUCUCCCGGAUGGACCACAUACUACGGGCUCUUCAAACUGCCGUACACACGAGCCAUGCUGGAGGAGAUGCAGGGGCUGGUGGGAGCACUGCGACAGAGAGUAACCUUCCCCGUGCGAGCUGUGUUUGUGCGGCCUGCCUGGCCUCAUUUCAGCUGGCUACUGGACCAAUCUGAGAGGUACAGUCUGACGCUGUGGCAGGGAGCCAAUGACCCCAUACCUGUGGAGGAUCUCCUCUACAUCCGGGACAACACCGCCCCCCACCGAGUCUACUACGACAUCUUUGAGCCUCUCCUGUCGCAGUUCAAGCAGCUUGCCGCAAAUACCACCAGGAAGCACAUCUACUACACAGGGGGCAGCUUGAUCCCUGUCCUCCAGACCUCGGGAGGUGAUGGUCUGAAAGUGGAAUGGCUGGUUCCUGGCAUCCGUGGCACCUCAACACUUACACUGCCAGCCAAAGAAGGCAUGAUCCUGCUGGACAUCGGUCUCCAAGAGCCUGCAGCUGAGAAUCCCGAGCCCAUUGUGCAUGUCCCAGAGGGCAACACCCUGACACUAGAGUCAUGCCUGCUGCAGCUCUCCACGCGCCCUGGACGCUGGGGUGUCCAUUUACACAUAGCAGAGGUCAAAGCCCUCCGGCCAUCCCUGGCCAUGCUGGCAAACUUCUCCACGCUGGGUCACCUGUCUUGGCCUGUGUGGGUAGGGGCCACACUCUCCCAUGGGAGCUUUGAGGUUCCUGGAUACAUGGCUGGCAAGGAGUUUUUUGCAGCUGUGACUAAGGUUUUCCCCCAUGUGACCAUGGCCCCAGCCUGGCCUGAGGAGGUGCUGGGCAGUGGCUACAGGGAUCAGCUACUCACUGAUAUGCUGGAGCUGUGCCAGGGACUCUGGCAACCCGUGUCCUUCCAGCUGCAGGCAGGGCCGCUGGGCCAGAGCAUGGCUGGAGCUGUGACAAGGCUGCUGGCAGCCUCCCCCCGGGCCACAGUCACAGUGGCGCACAGCCCCACCAAGGGUAGCAAUGCAGCUGUGCGGGCAGGGCUGCAGGCAGCCAGGGCUGUGGACAAAACUCGAGUCUACUACAGGCUGCCCCAGAAUUUCCGAGAGGAGUUGCUGGCAGACAAUGGCAGAAACUGA